GCUCGAGCCUCUCGGGAUUCCAGACCCGUGUAUGCUCGGGCGUAGCUUCCCUGCUGCUAGGGACGCUCUCGGCCACGCGGCGGGGCGCAUCACCCUCCCCAAAGAAAAGGACGAGGGCCGCAGGAGCAGGCGGCCAUGUCCGGGCUGUGCUGCCUGCGCCCUGGAGCAGGUGCUCUCUGCCUGCUGGCCGCCACCUUGUGCGGGCUGGCGCUGGGAGUUCGGGACUCGUCCGCCCACCGUGGUUUCGAGGCCCUUGAUGCCUUCGAGGAGUCGACCACGACCCCGCUGGUUACUUCGACGGAGUCUGCCGUCAGCUUCGUGGCCGAGUUCGAUAUGAACAUCCCGCGCACGCACCACAGGCCGAACGACACCACCGCGCCCACCGCCACGGAGCAGGCCGACACGUCCAGCCCGACGCCCAGCCCGACGUCCAGCGUGGAGUCGGGGCCCGAGGACGAGGACGCGGGCACCAUGUCUACGACCGUCUCGAGCGCCGAGGAUCGGCUGGCAGAGGCCGACACGUCCAGCCCGACGCCCAGCCCGACGUCCAGCGUGGAGUCGGGGCCCGAGGACGAGGACGCGGGCACCAUGUCUACAUCCGUCUCGAGCGCCGAGGAUCGGCUGGCAGAGGCCGACACGUCCAGCCCGACGCCCAGCCCGACGUCCAGCGUGGAGUCGGGGCCCGAGGACGAGGACGCGGGCACCAUGUCUACAUCCGUCUCGAGCGCCGAGGAUCGGCUGGCAGAGGCCGACACGUCCAGCCCGACGCCCAGCCCGACGUCCAGCGUGGAGUCGGGGCCCGAGGACGAGGACGCGGGCACCAUGUCUACAUCCGUCUCGAGCGCCGAGGAUCGGCUGGCAGAGGCCAACACGUCCAGCCCGACGCCCAGCCCGACGUCCAGCGUGGAGUCGGGGCCCGAGGACGAGGACGCGGGCACCAUGUCUACGACCGUCUCGAGCGCCGAGGAUCGGCUGGCAGAGGCCGACACGUCCAGCCCGACGUCCAGCGUGGAGUCGGAGUCCGAGGACGAGGACGCGGGCACCAUCUCUAAGACCGUCUCAAGCGCCGAGGAUCGGCUGGCAGAGCUGGUGGACUGCACCGUCGUGGGGGAGAGCACGCCCGCAGAGG